ACCAGUGCCAUGCCAGACGUCGUUCUCGCCCGCCGUGUUUUCCCUCCGCUUUGCUCGCACCACGCUUGAUCCGCCGCUGCCUUUCCUUCCUUCCGGACAGUCUCUUCGGACAGUGUCAGUGAGUGCCGGUCGAUUCGCACACGUGAACCUGGAACGCGCACAUUCGGAGGUGAACUUUUUGCAGCACGACGGCCGUCGACGACCAACACAAACAAAGGAACCACCCCGUGAUAACAGGUGGGCGUGGCUACCGUGUCGGACAACGUGCUUCCGGUGCUUUUCGGCGCAGAUUUUUUGACUGCUUCAUUGAGAGAUCCCCCCGCGGUGCUGCUUCCUUGGCCGGCGCGAGAUGCUGCCUUCGAUGAGAUAAAUACCGUGAACGUCACUGAUUGGGAUACUCCAACGUAAAUAAAGAAUCUGAACAAGAAAAACGCUGAUCGCCAGAAACGGACUCUUUUUGCACACUGCCUGCUGAUUUAGUCUUUCUGCCACUACUUCAUGUAUUGUUGGGGCUAGUAUGCAAGGUGCUUCCCUAGUGAGCAGAACCGGCGGCGACAUCACCCCUGCCUUCAACCACCACGACAUUCUCUCGGCCAACACCUUCGCCCAGCUCAAGAAACAGCAGAGUAGCACAAUGUCGUCGAAACGCAAAUCGCCCCCGACCAAGCUGCACGAGGGCGGCGCCCCUCAGGACUACUCCUCCGGAAACGGCGAGGUGUCGCCGGCGCGCGAGAACGGCGACGUGGCCGGCGGCGGCGUCGACGACAGCGGCGACGAGGCCGCGUCGGCGGCGCCAACCUCCCUCGGCGAGGACAAGUCGCCGCACAGCAGCGGCCCCGAAGAGGAGGACGAGGAGGAUGAAGAAGAGGAGCACGAGUUGCGCGCCAAAAAGCAGCGCCUGCAGUACGACUCGGAGCUCAAGGGGUUGAACAACAACUCGUCCAGCCUCAACCACAACAGUCUGCUGCCCAAGAGGACCAUGGACGACGUCCUCAAGCGGCUCACCUCCAAAAUGACCCUCAAGGAGGAACACAGGCGACCCACACCCGCCACCACUCCCAAAUCGACCAGCGAGUCGGACGUGGACGGCGCAGCUUUGCAGCACGCCCUGGUCGGCGGAGAGACUUUUGUCGAAAAGGAACGCCGCCUUUCCGAAAUGAUUUUGCAACUGCAGUUGGUCAGGGACCAGCUUUUGAUCCAGCAGGAGCAGCAGAGCAAGGUAGGAAUGGCCUUCGCCAGUCACAUGACAACUGAAACACAGAAGCAGAUGGAGCUUCAACGGAUGCAGCAGGAGCAGCUCAAGAGGCAGCAGGAGCACAUCUUCCAGCAGCAGCACAAAAUCCAAGAAUUGCAGAGCCAAAUCACGAGUCAUUAUGGAGGUGCCAAAAACUCAGCCAUGGCCGGAAUUCCCAACCAACUCAUGUUUCUACCCUUCCUGGAGCAGCUGCGCGGCCUCCCACCCUCGGCCGCCCCAGCCCUCUCACCGGCAUCAAUGUCCAAGUCUUCAGCAAACAACAUGAUGCCCCCAGUCGUACCCGCAUGGGCCACCCCAAUGCUGCCCCCAGUGGAAAAGGCCUCACCGCCGCCUCCUCAACCACCGCCAGCACCCGCUCCAGACGCCGAUACACCCCUCAACCUGUCAAAGCCCAAGGGCAGCUCUCCAUCUCCGGUGGCAGCUGCUGGUGAACAGCCCGUGCCAGCCACGGCCCCAAAACUUCUGCCCCCAGGUCUGGUCAUGCCGAGACCUUUCCUUCCAUACGCGGGUCUGCCGCCUCAUCUCAACCAUCUCACUCCCACAGAAGCUGAUCAGCAGAGGCGCCCUUGGUUGCCCAACAAAAUGAGCCUCAGUCCUGUACCAAAAGAGGAAAAGGGAUUCCCCCUGCACAUGUACCUUCCUGUGCCGCAGAAGGACGACUCCAAAAAGGAAGUCGAGCAAGACUUCUUUGCUAACCAGAUGUGGGGUGCUGACUCUGCCUAUAAAGUUGACGAGUCUUCAGAAAAAGCAAAAAUUGUGCGCUCACAAAAGCGAGAUAGCGAGAGCAAGCCACAUAUCAAGAGACCAAUGAACGCAUUCAUGGUUUGGGCCAAGGACGAGAGGAGGAAAAUCCUGAAAGCCUGCCCUGACAUGCACAACUCCAACAUUUCCAAAAUUCUUGGUGCCCGAUGGAAGUCUAUGUCAAAUGCAGAGAAGCAGCCCUACUACGAAGAGCAGUCUCGGCUCUCUAAACAGCACAUGGAGAAGCACCCGGACUACCGGUACAGACCUCGUCCGAAGCGCACCUGCAUUGUCGAUGGCAAGAAGAUGCGCAUUUCCGAGUACAAAUCGCUGAUGCGCCAGCGGCGGCAGGAGAUGCGGCAGCUGUGGUGCAGAGACGGCAGCAUGGGCGAGAUGCCCUCCUUCCUGGCGCCAGGUUCGGACAUGCCGUCCUCCUCGUCGGCCCUUCUGGGCCCUGCAAGUGCGGCCAGCGCGGCCAGCUCGGGCUCCGAGUCGGGCGCUUCGACCUCGGGAAUGCCCCGGGGUCAGGUGUUCCCCUCUUACUACUCGGACAGCCUGUCACCGAGUGAUGUGCUCAGCUUCUCUCCGGAGAACAACGUUUACGACUCCAGUCCGAGGCCUAAGGACGAGGACUGAUUGGCAAGGAACUUCUUUUGAAGAGUCUAGUUUGCCGCCGGAAUUCUUUGAAGGAAAAGUGUGGAAAUCAAAGUUGGUUAUUUUAAAUGAUGAGUAUCGAUUGAAAGAAAGACUCUCGUCACGUCGGAGAAUAUAAUUUUUAUUUGAAUAAUUUUCAUUUUAAAGGAAGUGGAGGCUGCAUUUAUGAACAGAAGAGUCUCUUGUUUUUGUUUGAUUGCGGCAUCAAAAUGUCACAGAAAUCAAUUUCGUCUUUUUCUGGUUGAAAUAGUCUUGAGGAAAAGUUCCUUUGAGUAGAAUCUUGUAGACCGGAGAAGGAAUAUUUCCAAAGUACGAAAGAUUAAUUUUUGCAUGCUGCUUCCUUAAAAAAAACCCCGAUGAAAUCAACUUAAUAUUUAUCAAAUGUACUUAUCGCUGUAGAUAAAAAUAUGGUUGUUAAUUAAGUUUAGACCUUUGUGAGUUAAAACAUUAUAUUGGUAAAUAAGUAAGUGUCGGAAGAUUUUGGAAAUCCAAGGGCUACUUUUUGUAGCACCGUUGGAUCAUUAAUUUAUGUUUUGUUUCUGGAGAAAAAAAAUACUUGUGGAUCUCAAUACAGAAUCUGCAUCAAGGUCAGUCACUGCGCAUCAAUUUUUCUGUAAUUCAAUUUUAAGAGGACCACAUGUAAACCAUUUUAUUGGGCUCUUCAGAGCUUCUCAAAAGUCUUUUGAUUUUGGUGCGCCAGUUAUUGAAAAAUUUAUGUUUUACGGAUUUUCAGUUGCUCACUUUGAGAGCAACGCCUAAUAAUUUAAUUAUACUGAUGUGAUAUACUUUUAAUUUUGGGAUGGGUCAGAGGUGGUACGUUAGUAAGUGGGGAUUUAUUAAAUAUAACAUUAAUUAACAUAUUUACGGACUAAAGAAACUCUUUGGCCUUUUUUCUUUUUGAGAAUCUCUUCAAGAAAAUUUUGAUCACCACCUUGUAGCUAUAAAUAAUAUCAAAAAUUUGAAUGUAAAUUAACAUUGAAAACGUGUUUGGUGCAUUGAUUUAUGCAAUAAACCGAUUUAUCCAAGAUGAGUGUCACAGUCUCACUUUAAAUGUGUAAAAUUAUAAGGGCUAUAGCAACAAUAAAAUAUCAUCAUAAUGCGGUGUCAGAGAUAGAGUGAAUGGGUCAAAACAAUAACACAUUAUAAACUUUUGCAAUGCAUUUCAUUUCAACUCAUUAAUUUAUUGUUGUUAGCUUAGCGGAAAAAAUUGAAUAUUCCUCUGUGGUCCAAUGAUUAACCUUCACAGUACUUGAAUACUGUUGAAUUUAACACUGGUGUAUAUUACAGUUCUUCCCAAGGCAAGGUCUAGUUACAAGUUUUUUUAAUUGUUUAAUAAUUAAUUGUGCUCAAUGCUUGCAGUGCCAAAAAAUUCGUUAUAAUAGUAUAAUCAAUGUAACACAAUCCUGGUUAAUUUGCCAGACGUGAAUUUUCGCUUGCCAUAAUUAAUUAAAAAAUUAAAAUUGUAUGAUUUCCAAACGAACACAGCUAAUUAAUUAUCUUAGGCCAGUUCCUGCUUCUGCACUACAGUGAAAAGUUUUACAAAUUAUUAAUUCAACCAGAUUUAACCAUCUUUGUGUCCGUUUCUCUUAUAAUUGCUCAUUACAGUACCAAAAAUAGGUGUUAUUUCCGUAGGAGGGAAUGCAAAAUUUUGUGGCACUUUUGUACAUUAAUCCAAAGAAUUUUCAUUUCGUGUGUCUGUGUGCAUGGUUGUUCUAAUUUUAUGAGAAGUGGCAGCUUAACAAAUAUAUUUAACUAAGUAGUUAUCCUCUCUCUCUCUCUUUCUCAUCACGGCAAGUGUAAUUAAAUGCAUUUUCUUUUUUCUUUUGGAAUAAAGGGUUCCACAUUGUACGCGGGGGCCCUGUUAUUUUAAAGAGCUGCUUUCAAUGUGAGAAAAUAAGCAAAUCAAGUGAACGUUGUUAAUUAAUAUAAACAAAAAUCUUUAAUCGUAGAUAAAUGCAUACAUAUAUGCUUAAGAUGUAAAUCUAGUAUUUAUUCUGCAACUGUCAGGGGCAUAAAAAAAAAUUGUGUCCGUAAGUGUCGGAGGUGAAAUUUGUUUUGACAAAAAUUAUUAUUAUAAUAUAUCAAUGUAAAUGUACACAGUUAAAAAGAAAGGAAAACGUUUUGACUGUUUUAUGUAAAACAUGUAGAAACAAAAAAUAAACAAAGCAAAUUCAACU